AUGGCCACCCCGCCGCGGCCUGGAUUUCCUGCGCCGCGUCUCUCGCCUUACCAUGCCCAGCUCCUCGCAGCAGUGCUCGACGACAGCACCGCUCCCACCCUCGCCCGCGCUCCUGUCGGUGGGAGCUCCCCCAGCAGAGACGAACACAACCGCUGGUCUGACGCCGAAUCAUCAGCUGCCUCGGACGCCUCGGUCCGGCUGUAUCGCGGCUUUGAGCUGGCCGAGGUCGUCGCCGAUCCCUCGCUCGACCAUAGCCAGACGUACGAGCUGCUGCAUGUGAGCUCGAGCCACGAGCUGGCGUACGUCGUCCGCAAGAUCGACGACGCCGGCUUUGUUGAUGAUGAUGAAUGCGGCGACGGCAGCAGUCGCGAUGUCGACGACGUGCUUGACGAGCUUGUUCCUGGCUGGGAUCUCGAGUGGUCGGCGCACCUCGAGUUCCUCGGCGCACCGGGAGAUGACGCGCAACCCCCGCGUCGUGGCCUCGCCUUUGGCACGCUCUCAUCCAUAUCGCGUGCCUCCUCAUCGGCAUCGUCGGUAUCGUCACGCUCAUCGUCUGACAACGACUCGACCCGCACUAUCGAUCUUCUGCAAACAGACUCGGAUGCGGUUCACCCGUACCCGCUCGAGAGCUGCGUUGACGAGCCGGGUGCGAACGCCAGCUCGGACGAUCUGGCAUCCUCUCUCCUUCCAGAACUCGAUGCAUCACUACGGAUUGUUGAUGGUGCUGGCACAGUCGAUGCGGUAGGUUUGUCUGUCCGCCCACGCGCCGUUGUGGUGGCGGGUCUCGAAGGCUUUGUCGCCGCUGCUACCGAGACGGGCGUCGUUCAUGCUUCGUCGCUCCUUGCGGCGUUCCGGUCGCUGGCAAGCACUGCUUUGAGCGCUUGGGCUGCUUGCGACGUUAUUGCCGAGGCCCACCAGAUUGUGGCCGAGUUUGACUCGUGUGCUAACGCCAUUGCUGCCGCCGCAUCUCUGGCGAGUCUGGUCGAGGGUCACAAUGCAGCAGGGCGCGACGCCGGCGACGCCGUCGCGCUGGCAGGUACCGGCGUCGCCGCCGACUUUGUCCAUGCAUGUGCCCUGGCAGCGGCUGCCGGAAUCGACAGCGUGCUCAUCGCCGACGAGCUUGCCGGCGAGACCCCACGUGGUGUCCGUCUCGCUCCGUCGAGUUUGCCGGACGCGUGGCGCGCCGUGGGCACCGGACUCCUGCCGCUGCCGGCUCUCCCCUCUCCGCCGCCGCAUCCUGUGGUGCCGAGCGACGCCGGAUCGCCACUCGCCGAAGCCGCUCUGCUUGAUGGAUGCCUCCGGCGCCGGCUGAUGUGUCCGCCCAAGGAGCGUGCUGCGCUGGAUGCCUUGAUCACGGCCCGGUACGUGCGCGACGACGCCGCUGUAGUCGUCAGUGCCGGUGGCUGUGGCGAGUUGGCGGCCGUCGCCGCGCCGCUCAUUGCCCGUGCGGGCGGCGAUGUUGCCGGCGACCUGUGGGUUUUUUCCUCGACAAGAGCCGCGCUGACGGCAGUAGCUGCGGUUAAGGCUGCAGUGUUCAGCCUCGGCGUCCGUGAUGUGGCGCUGGGCGUCCUCGCACUUGCCUCGGGAUCCGUCAUGAGCGUACCUGGCGAAGGCGCGUGGGGUGAGCCGGUCGAAGCUGCAACGCACAUCGCCUCUGCUGCUCUCGACAGCGGAGCCCCCGCCGGGACCGUCGUCAUGGCUGGUGGCUCGUGGGAUGCGUUUGUCGCACACGAGCCCACCGCCGCCCGUAGCGUCCGUGCUGUUGCCAUGCUCGGCUCGCGGUUCGAGAGCCUCUUCCUCCGGCACGCCCCACACGACCUGGCCACGGCCCGGUAUGUGGUCUCGCCGCUCGAGGUGCUCCCGCACCAGGUGGCUGCCCGGCUGCUACAAGCCAUUGCCGCCACCUCGCCACACGCCGCACGCAAUCUGGCCACGCUCGUGCUUCUCUUUGGUCCGGCCUCGCCGCAUCUCGCUCUGCUGGACUUCUCGCUGGCCCCGGCGGCGGCGACGCCCGCGGCUCUCACCUGGCUUGCUUCGCCGCUCGGCCCGCCGGCCGACUCUGUGCGAGUCUUGCGGUUCCCGAACCUGACUGCGCUCUCGCUGGCCGGCAUUCGCUCGCUGAAGACCCAAGUCAUCGACAAGCUCAUUGCCGCGUACGCCGGCUCGACGGCGCUUACAGCGCUGGAUCUAUCCGGGACAGGCAAGGCCGUGCGUGACUCUACUGUGGCGCUGAUUGCGAGCUCGCUGCCACGAUUAGCCUCGCUCUCGCUUGCCGACUGCAACAGCGUGACGUGCGUUGCACCGCUCUUUGUCUCACUCCCAUGCCUUGCUCGGCUCUCGCUCCACGGCCUGCUGAUGGUUGACGACAUGGGCGAGCUACCACCAGGCUGGACGGCGGCCUCACAUGCAAGCAUGCUGUCGCUCGAUCUCUCGGCGUGCGACGCGUUUGCGCCCUCGACGCUCAAGUCUGUACUCGGCGCCGAGCACAUGGCGACGCUGACGUCGCUUGCGCUCGGCGGAUGCGUCCAGCUCGAUCUUGGCGUGCUCGGCCAGGUUGCGCCGGCCAUGCCCAAGCUCCGGCGGCUAAACUUGGCCGGGCUUGGCAGUGCGCCGGCGCGACGAGCGUCUGCGAGACGCGCCUUUGCGGCGUGGCUUGAAGAGUGCAACUCGCUCACUGCCCUCGACAUGUCGGGCGUGACUGGCGACGCCGGACUGGCCGGGCUGGAGGCGCUUGCCGCCGCCGGCGGCAUGGCACCUGUAUCGACGCUGCAGCUGGCCCACACGCAGCUCUCGUGUACUCUGCUGCAAACGCUGUUUGCUACACCGAGCAUGCACCUCGCCGAACUCGAUCUGACCGGCUGCGGCCUGGAGCGGCGCAUGGUGGCGGCGAUGGCGCCGGGAGCAAGCGUGCCCUCGCUUCGCUCGCUGGCGGUCCGCAGCUGCGGCCUCGGCGCCCGGAGUUGUCGCAUGCUUGUUCGCAUUGUUGUGCUCUACUACCCAGGCCUCACACGGCUUGACAUGGCUCAUAACCCCGAGCUGACCGACGCCGCGUUUGCGCUUUCUCCAGCCGGUGGUGGUGCGAGCGGCAGCGACGACGACGAGGACGGCAAUGGCGAGGUGGAACAGGUCUUGCAUCCCCACACUGCGCUCACUGAACUUGAUCUCUCCGGCUGUCGCAAGCUCACUCCCGAAGGCAUUGAUGCCAUCGACGAGCUGUUUCCAUCGCUUUGUGUGCUGGGGCGCGGCGGGUGCAAGUCAAUCCCGCCGGGCGUGGUGGCGCAGUGGGCGUCGCUGUGACGCAGGCGUAGCUUUGUCAGCACGGUUUUUUUACUUGCGCUCCUGGCUCCACCGUCCGAACAUGCACUACCGCUCAGGCCUCGGUCGACUCGACACCGUCAAAAGCAGCGUCCCACGUCUCGGUCUCGAUGAGACCCUCGAGACCGUCGUAGUCGCCGACAAAGGCGUAGUCGUCGCCAGUCUUGAUGAACAUCUGCGGGUAGC